AUGCAGCCAGAGUUGCCUGGGGUGACAGACAAGCACACGUCUGAUCGUCCCCAGUGUGUCUCAGGGCCCGUGGUGGAGCAGGGUUCCAGUGUCUGUGAGAAAGGGCCCGUGGUGGAGCAGGGUUCCAGUGUCUGUGAGAAAGGGCCCGUGGUGGAGCAGGGUUCCAGCGUCUGUGAGAAAGGGUCUGGUUCCAGCGUCUGUGAGAAAGGACCUGUGGUGGAGCAGGGUUCCAGUGUCUGUGAGAAAGGGCCCGUGGUGGAGCAGGGUUCCAGUGUCUGUGAGAAAGGACCUGUGGUGGAGCAGGGUUCCAGCGUCUGUGAGAAAGGACCUGUGGUGGAGCAGGGUUCCAGUGUCUGUGAGAAAGGGCCCGUGGUGGAGCAGGGUUCCAGUGUCUGGCCCGUGGUGGAGCAGGGUUCCAGUGUCUGUGAGAAAGGGCCCGUGGUGGAGCAGGGUUCCAGUGUCUGUGAGAAAGGGCCCGUGGUGGAGCAGGGUUCCAGUGUCUGUGAGAAAGGGCCCGUGGUGGAGCAGGGUUCCAGUGUCUGUGAGAAAGGGCCCGUGGUGGAGCACGGUUCCAGUGUCUCCUGGCUUCUGGGCGAGCGGUACCUCCAGGGGUUUGGAGCGUCUGAAUUCUGGGAGCUGUGCUCCAGUCUGAGCGAGCCAGCCGAGCCAGCGACUCACCCACUGUCUCUCUUUCUCCAGGAGGACUGGAAUGACAUCGACUCCAUUAAAAAGAAAGACCUUCACCACAGCAAUGGGGAUGAGAAAGCUCAGGGUGUGGAGACCCUCCCUCCAGGGAAAGUGCGUUGGCCAGACUUUAACCAGGAGGCGUAUGUCGGCGGCACAAUGGUUCGCUCCGGGCAGGACCCCUAUGCACGCAACAAGUUCAACCAGGUGGAGAGCGACAAGCUGCGUAUGGAUAGAGGCAUCCCCGACACCCGGCACGACCAGUGUCAGCGCAAGCAGUGGCGGGUGGACCUGCCAGCCACCAGCGUGGUGAUCACAUUUCACAAUGAAGCCAGGUCAGCCCUGCUGCGGACGGUGGUCAGUGUCCUGAAGAGGAGCCCACCGCAUCUCAUCAAAGAGAUCAUUCUGGUGGAUGACUACAGCAAUGACCCUGAGGACGGGGCCCUCUUGGGGAAAAUCGAGAAGGUGAGGGUCCUCAGGAACGACCGGCGAGAAGGUCUGAUGCGCUCUCGGGUUCGGGGUGCGGACGCUGCUCAGGCCAAGGUCCUGACCUUCCUGGACAGUCACUGCGAGUGCAAUGAGCGAUGGCUGGAGCCGCUGUUGGAGCGGGUUGCUGAGGACAGGACUCGGGUUGUUUCCCCUAUCAUCGAUGUCAUUAACAUGGACAACUUCCAGUACGUGGGUGCCUCUGCUGACCUCAAGGGCGGUUUUGACUGGAACUUGGUGUUCAAGUGGGAUUAUAUGACGCCGGAGCAGAGAAGGUCCCGCCAGGGAAACCCAGUCGCCCCUAUAAAAACCCCCAUGAUUGCUGGUGGCCUGUUUGUGAUGGACAAGCUCUAUUUUGAAGAGCUGGGCAAGUACGACAUGAUGAUGGACGUCUGGGGAGGAGAGAACCUGGAGAUCUCAUUCCGCGUGUGGCAGUGUGGUGGCAGCCUCGAGAUCAUCCCGUGUAGCCGCGUGGGGCAUGUGUUCCGGAAGCAGCACCCCUACACGUUCCCAGGUGGCAGUGGCACUGUCUUUGCCCGGAACACCCGGCGGGCAGCUGAGGUCUGGAUGGAUGAAUACAAAAACUUCUACUAUGCAGCGGUGCCUUCUGCCCGAAACGUGCCCUAUGGAAAUAUCCAGAGCCGGCUGGAGCUCAGGAGAAAGCUGGGCUGCAAGCCCUUCAAGUGGUACCUGGACAAUGUCUACCCAGAGCUGAGGGUUCCAGACCACCAGGACAUAGCUUUCGGGGCCUUGCAACAGGGGACCAACUGCUUGGACACCUUGGGACACUUUGCUGACGGAGUGGUUGGGAUUUACGAGUGUCACAAUGCUGGAGGGAACCAGGAGUGGGCCUUGACGAAGGAGAAGUCGGUGAAGCACCUGGACCUGUGCCUUACUGUGGUGGACCGCUCCCCCGGCUCGCUUGUCAGGCUGCAAGGCUGCCGGGAGAACGACAGCAGGCAGAAGUGGGAGCAGAUCGAGGGCAACUCCAAGCUUCGGCACGUGGGCAGCAACCUGUGCCUGGACAGCCGCACGGCCAAGAGUGGAGGCCUGAGUGUGGAGGUGUGUGGCCCGGCCCUGUCACAACAGUGGAAAUUCUCACUCAACCUGCAGCAAUAAGAGGCCCAAAGGGCCCACCGUCCACCUGCACACCGGCCGAGUUUGGUGAUCAUGUUAUGGUGUUUCUGAAACUUUCCGCAAAGCUAUAUACCUCAGUGUUCCACCAUGGUCUGAAAGUCUCAAGUCCUCAUGGAGACGCGAGCCGGGCAACAGCUGAGCAGACCCUCUGCUGCUUCCUGCUCACGCCCCAGCAGAGGAGCAGCCCAGUGCUAGUCGGGACAAGUGGACAAGUGGCAAGCAUGUUUGAUUGAGGACAGAGGGAGCAGGGACAAGCUUUCCUCCCAGCAAGAACUCAACAAUCUCCAUUUUGUAUUGUUACCUUUCCAAAAUCAUGUGUGUGAACCAGGCAUGGUGGCCAGUGCCUGAAAUCCCAUCACUCAGGAGGCUGAGGCAGGCAAGACCCUGUCUAAAGAACAAAAUGCGCUUCCCACAAAGCUGACCGUCCCUUGCACAUUUCCCCGUCCUCCCCCGUCCUCAUCCCUCUGGGAUCAGUCGGCCUCCCAGCCGUGUCCCCUCUUCCGCUGACGUCCUUGCUAUAUUUGAACAUGAACUUUCCUAUGGUGGGACACUAAAUCGAGCUCCAUAUA